UUGGGGGAAAAGUGUGGCGUUGUGACGCUUCUCCUCAUGUGGCGGAAAACGGAAUAGUAACCGAGGAAGCAAACACCCCCCCAACAUCAGCACCGGGCUCAAAUCUGACCACAGAUACCACAGACUACAACAACUAUUAAAAAUGUCACAGCACUUCAGAAGCGGUCCAGCUUUCGGACUUUCAGCGGAGGUGAAAAGUAAGCUUGCACAGAAGUACGACCCUCAGAAGGAGGAGGAGCUCAGGCUUUGGAUCCAUGAGGUGACAGGGCGCAAAGUCCCAGACAACUUCAUGGAGGGCCUUAAAGAUGGAGUCAUCCUGUGCGAACUCAUCAAUGCUCUCCAGCCUGGCUCUGUGCGAAAGAUCAACAACUCCACUCAGAACUGGCAUCAGCUGGAAAAUAUAGGCAAUUUUGUCCGAGCCAUUCAGGAUUACGGUCUGAGGCCACAUGACGUCUUUGAGGCAAACGAUCUGUUUGAGAAUGUCAACCACACGCAGGUUCAGAGCACUCUGAUCACACUGGCUGGGAUGUCUAAAUCUAAAGGUGUCCAUACUAAAUCUGACUUCGGGGUGAAGUAUGCGGAGAAACAUCAGCGAAGGUUCGCGCCUGAGAAAAUGAAGGAGGGGCGCAAUGUUAUCGGCCUUCAGAUGGGGACCAACAAGUUUGCCAGCCAGAAGGGGAUGACAUCAUACGGCACAAGGCGUCACCUCUAUGACCCCAAAGCUGGCAUGGAGAAUCCUCUGGACCAGUCAACAAUCAGUCUGCAGAUGGGAACUAACAAAGGAGCCAAUCAGUCUGGAAUGACGGCACCGGGCACCAAGCGACAGAUCUUUGAUAAGAAGCUGGACAUGGAAAGCUGUGACACUUCCACUGUCUCACUGCAGAUGGGUACUAACAAGGUGGCUUCUCAGUCGGGCAUGACUGUCUACGGGCUCCCGCGUCAGGUCUAUGACAGAAAGUACUGCACUUACCCCGAAGACUACAUGGACAACGGCCAGGACAUGCAGAUUGACGGAUACCAGUACUCUGACUAAGACGCCUUCACACCACUGCAUUUUUAACUCACUCAUUUCUUGCCCACUUUUUUAAAAAUGUAAACCUCAUCCUGCAAGACCACGCAAACUGUUAACAGUUAUCCAUCAAACCAGAACAUUAGGUCUGAUUUAAGAUGGAAUAAAAAUAAUGUUUGUAACAGUUGUUAUUUUUUGCCACGGGCUGCCCCCGCUUCUCACUUUUUUUCGAGUGUAGCAGCUUCCUGUCACCACUUUGCAUGUUUUUAGCAAAUGGCCAAAACUAUGCAUCAAAAAGGUCAGUGAAAAACAUUUAUGAUGCCUUAUAUUUUGGUUUGAUUUGAAAUAUCCCCGAAAAUCAACUGUUUUGCUGCUGAUGAUCUCGAGUCUUGAGACGUGAAGUUUGACUUAGAGGAAGUAAUAUCAAAAGAAAAAGGUUCCACAAGGAUGUUAUGGUACUAAUUAACAGCAAAGCUAAGGACACUCACUAACAGCUAAAAAUUCUAUCCACCUUCAUGGGAGAAGCUUUGUUUGCCUGAGAGGACACCUGAGAAAACACAGCGUUAUUCCAGUCAGACAACCAAAAUCAAACCUGUCCGUUUUAGGUACCUGCAAUUUGCAGUCAAUGUUGUGUUCUCUCUCUCUUUCCUUCUGUCUUUUGCACUAUAAAGCAUAAGAAGAUGGUUCACAGAUGGACAUAUCAUUUAGCCGUGAGGCUUUAAAUCAAGCUAAAAUCUGCAGGUGCAUUCAACAUGACACAAAGAAUGUAAUGUACACCACUCCAGUAUUGCAUGGCUUUUUGAAAGUGUGUAAAAUGUGAUAGAUUGUUUCCAUUACAGCUAAUUGCUAAAACACACUCUGUGCCUUGAAUAAUAAAUUCGUCCUGUUCACUUCUGUUCAUAUGCAGAAACACAACCCAGUGCAGCACAGUACAGAUUAACCAGAGUUCACUUUUUUAAAGUAAGGUUUUGUAAAGUAAGGAAUUCUAAAUGGACUUUGAUCAACGGUUCAGAACUAGUCACAGAGGGACAGGGUUUAGCAGUGGGUGGUGAAUUCGGUGCUUAGUUAUUAACUGGCGAGCUAAAUCAGGGGCCAUGGAAAAGCGAAAACAUAUGGCAACAAAACUUACACAGAAAGCAAAUCUCAUCCUGUAGUCUGGUAAACAGACAUCAUUACAUGAAUACCUUUCUUUAAAAAAAAGUCAUAGAAUUUUUUUUUUCCUGUUGGAAAUCAGCAAAUCAAAGUGUUUAGAAAUGAUUACAGAUUGCAGCCUUCAAGGUCCUAAGGCUUGUGGCUGGAAAAGUGUAGAAAUAAGAGCAGAAAAGUGGACCAUAUGCCAAAGGCAGAGCAUCUGAGGCAAAGAUGAAACUGUGCUGGACUCUGGUCCAUAGACAAACUUAUUAUUUGUGCCUAAUGUACAUUGUUAGAAAAGCAAAAUUGGUUAAAAAAAAAAAAAGUUCUGUGUUUCUAAAGGAGAUACAUAUGGAAUUGUUUUUUCAAAGUGAAUCCCUCCUAUGUUAGUCUGUACAAAGAACUUUUUACCAAAGAGUGGUAGGAGUAAUCAUCUGUGGUAAGGGUAAGUCUUCAGAAUCAUCACGGCUGAGGAGAAUGUGAUAAAAAUAUACACUGGAGUCAUGUGAACUGGCUCUUUUACAACAAAAGAAUUCCUGAUUAAAUGCAAGAUGACAUUUGGGCAGCCGGCACCUUAAGUGAAAGAUCAGGUGCAGACUGGGUUUCACUAAGGCAUAGAAUUGCUUAAGUGCUUAUGUCCGUAUUAGUAAAUUCCCUCCAGAGAAAGAACACAGCAACAUUCUUACACAUAGUUACAGAAGCUCUGCAUUACUUUUCAAGUUCACUAGGAAUUCAACAAGCCAGUGCAAAAAUGCACGGGUUUGUAAUGAUCUUUAAUACGAGUGCAUACACUCACAGCAAUGUGGUCUAAGGACAUAAUGAGAAGAUGGCGUGCAGACGGUAAUAUUAGCUUCGACCAUAAAGGCCGGACCUAAAAAUACUAGAAGACUGAUUGCAGCUGAAAUCGGAAUGUUAUUAUAAUGGCCAAUGUAUGACCUGGUAUUAAAAUUAGAAAUGAUUGGGGUUUUUUUUAAUUAAACUGCAUGGGACACACUAAAAGUUUAACAUUGCUUAAUGCACCAGAUAUUCCCAGACACUUUAAUAAUAAUUGCUGUCUACUAUGGAAAGUAUGAACCCUCGAGUAAAAAAUAAUUCACAGCAGUGAGCCGAUAAAAGAAAAUAAUCAUUGAUUAGAGAAAAUGAAGCCUUUGUUUUGUCACAUAGACAUUACAGCACAAUAAAAUUAUUUGUUAGGAAGUUGGGGUCAGAGCACAGAGUCAGCCAUGAUAUAGUGAUAUAGAGUUUUAAGGGCCACCAGUGGAAAUGAAUGAUCAGCUACCAGCCUGAAGGUAUGUCCAUGUAAAGGUUUUGUUCUUCCCAUACCACAGAUGUUUUCCAGGGCUUUUUUGUUUAUGGAUUAACGACAAAUAGUACUUUUUAUCCAUUUAUAGCUACAUUAAACAUUGUGGAACACCAAUGAAACAAGGUUCUGUUAUCAGUUGUUUUAUCACUAUGCAAUAUUUUUAUCUCUCUCAAAAAUAAAGACAUAACAAUGCAGCUUGUGAUGUUAUAGAUAAACAGAAAAGACCUCCAUCCUGAAGACUGAACCUACUUCUGUCUGUCUGUGUUCGUUCCAGUGUUUCAUCAGCACCAUCUUGUGGAAAUAUUUCAGUCUGAUAGACAGACGCUGAGCUUCAUGAUGUGCUUGAGACAACUCUGGCCUACAGAACUACAUUUAUAUCCACUUUAUUACAUAACCCUCUUCCCCUAGUUUCAGGUUUAUUUGUGCCAAGGCUUUGCAAUAGACUUUAACUCAUUGCUAAUGAUAAAUGUCAUUCAGAUAAUUUUCUUUAAUGGUUCAACAACUGCAGGUUUUUUUUUAAUUAUUGAGCAUUAGUAUCACAGAGGAUAACGUUGCUGACUCACAGCUUCUUGAAAGAGUCUCUAUUUUAAUCUGUGUACCAUCUCUCUGCAUCCAUGUGGGUUUCCUACUGCUUCACUGGUUUCUACUCAUUACAAACAUGCCAAUAAACUCAAUAUCAAAGUUUGAGCUUGA